AUGGCAAUCGGUGUUGUGCAAAAGAAGCCGACCGCCGGAAAACCGCAAGAAUCGACUGGCGGAGUGGCGGAGCGUGAAGCGUCGAACAUCGAAAAGACGAUCGGAACUCUGAGACGGUGCCUCGAUCUCGCCGGCACCUCCAACAAACCGGCCAACCGCAGCGCCAAGAAUUCGAUCAGCGAGGACGUGGUGAGCAGAGAAUCCGUAAUUAACCGAUUUCCGGCUCGUCGACCGUAAGCCUCAAGCGCCGCCAAUUAGGCCCCUCAAAUAUGCAGAUUUCGCUCAAAACACGACAUUUGUGUUGAUUUCUCUGAUUUUCCACUCUUUUUUGACCCAUUUUUUGCAAACAAAUGAUACAUCAGGGAAUUUAGCACAAAACUCGUGUUUCUAGCCGAAUCAACCAUUUCGAAGGGGCUGAAGGGGUUACGGUCAACAACGGAAGUCUGUGAAUGAGAAAAAUAGGGCAUUUCUGGUAUAUGAACUUUUGAUUCACUUCUGAGUGUAAAAUUUCACGCCACGAUAAUACGAUUAAUUCAGUCGGCGGACACGUCUGACAACUUUGCGCCCUACCGUAAUCCACGGUCACAAAGUUUCACAAACGGGCACUGAAUUCACGUGAAAUUUCCAGAACGAUCUAACGCUGGAGGAAUCGGUGCCGGAGGCGUCGAAAUGGCCGCACUGCCAGCACAUGAUCAGCCAGGACGAGGCACCGCGCCACGAGGACGAGCUGGCGGGACCGAACAUUCGCAUUGUGCAGUACAAGGACGAGACACAGAUUGGAGACAUCAUGCGCCUCAUCACGAAGGAUCUCAGCGAGCCCUACUCCAUCUACACCUACAGAUACUUCCUGCACAACUGGCCCGAGUACUGCUUCUUGGUCAGAUUCGCCCCUUCCGCCCAUCCAUUCAUCCAUCCAUCCACUUUCAGGCCUACGAUCAAACGAACAACUCGUACAUCGGAGCGGUCUUGUGCAAGCUCGAGCUGGACAUGUUCUCGCGGUGCAAGGGAUACGUGGCGAUGCUGGCCGUCGACGAGUCGUGCCGUCGUCUCGGCAUCGGAACUCGGCUCGUGCGUCGUGCGAUCAACGCGAUGAAGGAGAAGGGGUGCGACGAGAUCGUGCUCGAGACGGAAGUGAGCAACAAGAACGCGCAGCGACUCUACAGCAACCUCGGAUUCAUUCGUCAGAAGAGACUCAUCAAGUAAGCGAGCGGCUCUUAUUUGGGCUGUCAUCAAAAGUUGGGAAUUCGAUAAGCUUCCAUGACAUGUUUGUUACCCAAAAUUUCGGGGGGAAUUCAAAUCUGACCUCAAAAUAAUUUUGCUGUGAGAGCAAUGUUCUCUUGUUUCUAAUUGCUCGAAAACUGUUCAAAUCGGACCGAAUUUUGCGUUUAGCUGAAUUUAUGACGUGCGCAGUUAUCCAUCAAAAACUCCAAAACAGACAAAAUAGGCGGUUUCGGAACGUACUGCUCUAACCAAAUAAGCUUCACUUCCAGGUACUACCUUAAUGGCGGCGACGCUUUCCGUCUCAAGCUCAUCUUCACUUCGCGCCGCGUGCGAUCCGCGCUCAACAAGGAAAACCAACAGCCGCGGUGUCGGGUCGACGAAGACGACACUCCGGAGCACACCGAGGACGAGCUCCACUAA